AUGGCGGCCGUUGCGCAAUGUCUUGCCUGUCAUAGCAAAGCACCGUGGGGAGCGACACUAUUCAAAUGGCGGUCUUCGAGGAGCUUCGUUUUAAGUGUGGUUUGUUUUGCCGGAAUGACGGACAUGCUUCUUUACGGGUUGAUCAUUCCUAUCCUUCCAAAUGCUCUCUCGGAAAAGGUCAAGCUACCCUUGGGAGAACUACAACGUUGGACUUCGAUUCUUCUUGCGUUAUAUGGUGCAGCGAUGACCAUGGCCUCUCUUCUUUGCGGAUAUCUUGUGGAUCGCACUGCAUCACGCCGGUGGCUUUUCGUAGCAGGGCUCGCGGGGUUAGCGGUUGCCACGACGCUCCUCUGCAUUGGAACACACCUAUCUCUAUGGAUUCUGGGGCGUUUACUCCAGGGCGGAGCUGCUGCGGUGGUUUGGACCGUUGGGAUGACACUACUAGUGGAUCGAUAUCAAGAAGAUGCACUGGGCAAUGCGCUGGGUUACUUCGCCAUGUCCACAGUAAUAGGAGCCACUGCUGGGCCGCUCUUGGGUGGAGUCCUUUAUGAACAUGCGGGCUAUUACGCCCCAUUCGGACUAGCAUUUGCGCUGAUAGCUUUGGACCUAACCCUCCGGUUGAUGAUCAUUGAAACGGAGAAAGAUCAGGUAACAUUCGAACACAGAAGAAAAGGAGCCAGUGCUUCCAGUCGAGAAGACGACACAUCAACCAAUCUCGAAUUCAUGGACCCUUCUUCACGAAGCUCGCGUCAACCAACCAAUCAUAAGGCAGUCUUCGCUCUACUCCGGUCUCCACGGAUGGUUCUCGCGUUAACGGUCUAUUUCUUUCUCUCUACGACUCUAACGGCAUUCGAUAGUGCAUUACCACUCUUUGUCCGUGACACCUUUGGUUGGAAGCAAACUGCUCAAGGCCUUAUAUUCAUUCCCCUGAUGGUGCCACACGUUCUUGAUCCCGGCAUUGGGUAUAUAGUGGACCGCUGGCCUAAGACCCGCUGCUAUUUGAUUACGAUGGGUCUAUUGGCGAUGGUACCGCUAAUGGUAAGCCUGCGAUUUAUUACCGAGAAUAGCAUUGGCCAUAAGGUUCUUCUCUGUACCUUAUUAGCACUGAUCGGUGGUUGUGUUGAACUUAUUGAGACACCAACUAUGGUUGAAGUGACUAAUCGUGCACUUGAGGCAUCGACGGCAUGGCCUGGGGCGUUAGGUAGGAAUACCGCAAUUGCAUUGGCCUGUGGGCUCUGUAACUGUGCCUUUGCUGCGGGUUCAAUGGCAGGCCCCUUCUUGGGAGGAUUCAUUCGGGAUCAUGCUGGUUGGAAGACCAUGUCGUGGGCGCUGGCGCUGCCGAUGGGAGUGUGGGGGAUACUUGUGUUGUUAUUUCUUUGCUGAACGGGGCGUGUGCCCUAUACGGUUGGUGCUUCUACAACCCAGCCAGAUACAGAACGAAC